GGAAGUGGGUCGCGGCGCUGGGAGCGGCGGGCGCGGAGGGAGCCAGGGCCGCGCGGACCCCGGAGGCGAUGUGGAAGGCGUCGGCAGGCCACACGGUGCCCGUUUCCCAGGACGACGGGGGAGCCGACGACUGGGAGACAGACCCCGAUUUCGUGAACGACGUCAGUGAGAAGGAGCAGCGAUGGGGCGCCAAGACCGUGCAGGGCUCCGGGCACCAGGAGCACAUCAACAUCCACAAGCUGAGAGAGAAUGUUUUCCAAGAGCAUCAGACCCUCAAGGAGAAGGAACUUGAAACGGGACCAAAAGCCUCCCACGGCUAUGGAGGGAAAUUUGGCGUGGAGCAAGACCGGAUGGACAAGUCAGCCGUUGGCCACGAGUACCAGUCGAAACUUUCCAAGCACUGCUCGCAAGUCGACUCGGUCCGGGGCUUCGGAGGCAAGUUUGGCGUCCAGAUGGACAGAGUGGAUCAGUCUGCCGUGGGCUUCGAGUACCAGGGGAAGACUGAGAAGCAUGCCUCCCAGAAAGACUACUCCAGUGGCUUCGGCGGCAAGUACGGCGUGCAGGCUGACCGUGUGGACAAGAGCGCCGUGGGCUUCGACUACCAGGGCAAGACGGAGAAGCACGAGUCCCAGAAAGAUUACUCCAAAGGGUUUGGUGGCAAAUACGGUAUCGACAAGGACAAGGUGGACAAGAGCGCUGUGGGCUUUGAGUACCAAGGCAAGACGGAGAAGCACGAGUCCCAGAAAGACUAUGUGAAAGGCUUUGGAGGGAAGUUUGGCGUGCAGACAGACAGACAAGACAAGUGUGCGCUCGGCUGGGAUCACCAGGAGAAGCUGCAGCUGCACGAAUCCCAGAGAGAUUAUAAGACCGGUUUUGGAGGCAAAUUUGGUGUUCAGUCCGAGAGGCAGGACUCCUCUGCUGUGGGGUUUGAUUACAAGGAGAGACUGGCCAAGCACGAGUCCCAGCAAGACUACUCCAGAGGAUUUGGCGGAAAGUACGGCGUGCAGAAGGACCGGAUGGAUAAGAACGCCUCGAGCUUUGAAGACGUCACAAAGGUGUCCUCUGCCUACCAGAAGACUGUGCCCGUGGAAGCUGCCACCAGCAAAACCAGUGACAUCAGAGCCAACUUUGAAAACCUCGCCAAGGAGAGGGAACAAGAGGACAGACGGAAGGCAGCCGCAGAGCGAGCUCAGAGGAUGGCCAGGGAGAGACAGGAGCAGGAGGAGGCCGGAAGGAGACUGGAAGAGCAAGCCAGAGCCCCAAGGCAGAGUCCCCCUGCGUCUCCCAGCCCUCAGCCGGCGGAGAGGCCGCCAUCCAGCCCUGUCUACGAGGAUGCUGCUUCAUUGCGGGUGGAGCCGAGCUACGGAGACCUCGGGGGCAGCGGUGAGCCAGAGCCCGGGCACCAGGCAGAGGCUCCUGACAGCCAGCAGGGCCUGACCUACGGCCCGGACACUGUGUACGAGGGCACAGAGGGCCUGGGCGCCUAUCAGUCAGAGGAGAGUACCUACGACGACUACGAGAACGCACUCGGGAUCACGGCCACGGCCCUCUACGACUACCAGGCUGCUGGCGAUGACGAAAUCUCCUUCGACCCCGAUGACAUCAUCACCAACAUCGAGAUGAUUGACGACGGCUGGUGGCGCGGGGUGUGCAAGGGCAGGUACGGGCUCUUCCCCGCCAACUACGUGGAGCUGCGGCAGUAGGCGCCCCCGCCCCGGAGUGCACACUGCGGGUCGGGCCCGCCUUGCGGUUUUCUGUGGGCUGUUCUGUCCUGUCCUGUCCUGUCCUGUCCUGGUUUUGAUGGUGAGGAGGGGAGAGUCCAUGUUGCUUUUGUAUUUAACUUGGCUGAUGCUUCCAGUGGUGUCUGCGCCACAGAAUUUGCUAAUAUAUUGUAAUCACGCUC